AUUACCUAUAUAAUAAUUAAAUAAUGAAAUAAUUAUUUGUAAUCUAUUGAUCUGGAUUUUAUUUUCUAGAGAUCUUUAAUAAUAAUUCUCAGAUUCCAUAUUCACUUCUUAUGUUUUGGGGACUCUCAAAUUUAAUCAUCAACUCCUCCUCCAAUCCCAUUCAAGGCCCCAAAACUAAAUUAUGUUCUUCAUUGAGAGAGCCUUGCUCCUAUUGUGAAUCCUCCACAAUUCUUAACACUCAAUUCAACCCUUUCCCUGGGAUUCCAAAGUUAAACGAGUAUAUUUCCACAAUUUCACAUGAAUAUUUUUCUGAGAUCGUUGAUAAUUUUAUUGAGAAACAAAACGAGAUCAUGAAGUCUCAACUUAAUGAAUUGAGGUUCAACUUCUCACUUUUACCUGGUCCAGUGAAUCAACUGUUCAACAAGAAACCAGAAGGAAUAAGUAGAAUUAAUAAAGAGAUUGGAAACUUUGUUCACUGUAUCAGGAAAAGGAGCCAGAAGGACUUGAGAGAAUCUUUAAAGAAAAUUCAGAAAACAACCAUAAAGGAAAUUGUUACAGAAGUAGAUAACCUGUAUAACAAAAUUAACAUAGCAAGGAAGGCCUCUUUCAUAAGUUUAUCAGAUGUGUUUGGGGAGUUAAAUUGCCUGAAAAUUUUCAGAAACGUUAAAAUGUGCUGUAUUCUUCAAUAUUUGAAGGGUGAAAGCAACGUUCCAAUUUACCAAAUAAUCUCCAAUAAUACAACAAUUAAUUUAAGGGAAUGUUCAGACUACGAGAAAAUAGCUGAUGAUUUUUCUAAACUUUAUGAAAUGGUCUGGAGUCAAAACGAAGAUGUAUGUGAUGGAAUUAUCGAAUUUUGAACGAAUUGUAAAAAUAUAAAUUAUAGUAAU